AUGAAUGUUUCCGAUGUACAGAUUACUCAUAUAAUAUUUGACUUAGAUGGACUGCUACUUGAUUCGGAAACAAUUUAUACCAAUGUAAAUACAGAAUUGAUGAAAAGCUAUGGUAGAGAGUAUACAAUGGAGUUAAAGACGAAAACAACCGGUAUGAAGAUGAAUGAUGCAAUUCAAAUGAUGCUUGAACAUGAGCACUUGAUUGGUACAGUAAAUUUGGAGGACUAUAGAGCAAAAUAUUUAGACUUGCUAGGUAAACAUCUUCCUGAAAGUCGGUUAUUACCUGGUGCUAUGAAAUUGGUGAGGCAUUUCGCUAAACAUAAAAUUCCAACAGCAAUAUGCAGUGGAUCUAAUACUUUUGAAUUCAACGCGAAAAUGAAAAAUCAAAAAGAAUUAUGCGAUCUCAUUCCACUUCAUGUUCUAACUGGUGAUGAUCCGCAUGUUAAAAAAGGAAAGCCAGCACCAGAUGGAUUUUUGGAGACAAUGCGACGAUUUGCAGUGGAGCCAAAGAGUACUGCGAAUGUUUUAGUUUUUGAAGAUUCGAUAAAUGGUGUUUGCGCAGCAUUAGCAGCUGGAAUGCAUGUUGUGAUGGUACCAGAUUUACGUUAUUCAAAUCCUUCUGAAAAAUACAGGGAUAAAGUAACACUGGUGUUGAAUAGUUUGGAGCAAUUUAAACCUGAAAUGUUGGGCUUACCACCAUAUGAUUGA